UAAAGAGUUUUUGCCACAUGUUAUUACUUAUCUAGGAUUGAUGCGUUGGAAGCGCCGUGCCCCUGCGGCAGGUGUCUGAACCCAGUCGCGCAGUGGUUCCAGCUCAUAAAAGGCAUUCAAAGCCCCACUCCUCCACUGCUCCAAUUCCCACUCCCCAUGUCCACUAAUGAGCUCCACUAUGGUUGGACAAAAUAGAAGGAGAGAAACUAAAACGAGGGCGGCAUGUGGUGUACAAAUAUUACCACCUCAUUGUCGGGGAUCGGGGUUCAGUAGCCCGCAGAGCAGAGAGGCAAAUCAAAACGCGCCAUACCAAAACAUUAAAAUCAUUAGCCGCAGACGAAGACAAAGCCGUAGUCCCCACGUAGUCCGAGUCCAUCCAACCACCCAACGGCAUACCAAAGGACAUGCCUCCACAUGGCAGUACCUCGGGAGUCCACCUGUCCGUCGGCUGUCGUGUCUGCUGGCAAUUUACACAAAUUCAAUAAACGACAAAAGCCAGUCAUACUCGUAGAAUAUGAAACGAGAACUGGGGAAAAAAGUGUUGAGGUCUCUCUCCACUCGCCGCUUGUUUUGGACUCUUUUUCGGGGGUUGGAUUCUCUGUGGUAUUGGUUUGGCACUCAUUAAACUAUUUGAAUCGAUUUUACGUAGUACAUAUUAUCAAAUUAGUUGUUAGGCGGCAUCCCUCAUCGUUCGACGCGCCCCACGGGUCGUAGGACACCCUCAAGAGUGGCACCUACGCGAGCCCACAUGCCCAUGUCCCUUUUUGUUGACACUCGAGGCCUGUAAUUUGUGUACAUAUUUGAGGAGCAAGUGCCGCGGAUGCUCUCUGUGCUGUUCCAUAACAUAUUCAUGACAGUCACUGGACAUGGAAAUUAUAAGUUAAUAAUGUAUUUUCACUUCGCACCACACAACUUCGAUGGCCACACACGUUUUAUAAUUAAGCAGCUCUCAACCAAAUUAAAUAGUUAUGGGAUGGGCUGUGGUGACAGCUUGUGGGGGUUAGACGUGGGUGCCGGUAGCCUGAAUUGGAAGGGUAAAGGGAUUUUGGUAAGGCUUGCCUAAUGGAUCAAUUGAUGGAAAAACAAUUGUUGGAAUAGUAGACUCUAGAUCUCAAGGAAGGCCAUCAUUUACGGGAAGAAUUUGGAUGCCUGUAGAAUUAUGGGAAUAUGUUUUUUGGAUGAGAGGAACUUGGAUUAAAAAAGGCACAGCUUCACAGAGCAAUAAUGAAUAUGAAUCAUAUAUUUAUAGGCACUCCUUCAGGGGUUUUGAAUUAGAAGGAAAGUAUUUCGGGUGCUUAAGAGCAGAGUGAUCUUUUCAUCCCUUGACACAUUUAUUUUUGAGUGUGAAAAACACAAACAAAUAUUCCAAAAUAAACUUCCAAAAGCCAUCAAUUUCUCUCCUAAAACCUUCGAAGGUGUUUAUAGACUUUUUCGAUAGGUUCAUGGGACUUUCCCAGUUCAUUGUGUCUUGGUACAGUACCCACUCGAUGACCUGACAUCGAACUCUUGUACCCUCUCCCGGGCAAAGCAAUGAUUUGCAUGCCAAGACACGCAGCAACUUUCGGGGCGUUCAAGUUCACGGCUUGAUUUAUGGCUCACGCCAACUCCAAGAACUCCUACAGAGGUAAGCGGGAACCCUAAGGACUUGUAGGAGAAGCCCCUGGCCCUGCCCCUUGCUUCGAAACCCAUUCGGGGCAAGACCUUGGCGCUCAAAUUUACAAAUCCAUUAGGACAGCGUGCCAGCGAGGGUGUUGCCGGGCUGAUGGCAUUUUUACGAUUGUUGACAACAAAUUGACACAAUUUGUAAUGGUUUUGUUUGGUGGUUCCUCGACAGGUCAUCAGCCAGGCCAGGCGGCACGUGUCCAUCGAAGGACAUUCGACCAGCGACAGUCAAUUGGAAAUGGCCACCAGCGCAGGAGCUGGCAGCUGGUCGGGCAGCAGUGGAGGCAGCACAUCAUCCCAAGGACGAGCCAUUGCAACGGCCCAAACCGCACAAGAUGAACGUCUAGUGGUGGCAGUUCGAGUGCGUCCCAGCUUGGAGGCCGCUGAACGCUGCAUUGAGGUGAUCUCCGGUGGAUCGCUGCUCUACGAUGAUGGCAGCAAGAAUCGUCCGCGGCAGUACUCCUACGACCAUGUGUUCCGCGAAAACGACACACAGGAGCAGGUGUACAAGACGACAACGGCGCCGCUGGUGCGAGAUGUGCUCAGCGGCUUCAAUGCGGCCGUGUUCGCCUACGGAGCCACUGGAUCGGGCAAGACGCACACCAUGCUCGGCCCUGUGCCGCGCAAGAAACCAGCCACGAGUGAUCGAGCCCCGCCCACCGCUGCCUCCGGCUUUGAACCGGAUGUGAGCAGCCAGGACAUUGGGCUUAUGGUGCGCGCCAUCGAGGACAUAUUUGCGCACAUCGAGUCCGUGGAGGAGGAAGGGGCCUGCAAGGUGUCCAUCUCGUAUCUGGAGAUCUACAACGAGCUCAUCCGCGAUCUGCUGAAUCCGGGCGGACCGCUGGAGCUGCGCGAGGAUAAUCGCGGACAGCGCAUCACGGUGGCCGGUCUGUCGGAGAUCACCACGUCCAGCCGCAAGGAGGUGGUGGGGCUGCUGCUGAAGGGCAACAAGGCCAGGACCAUGGAGCCGACGGCCGCCAACCAGACCUCGUCCCGCAGCCACGCCCUGCUGAGCAUCACGGUGCAGACGCGCACACCGCUGGGCACCAAGCAGGGCCGGCUCUUCCUCACCGAUCUGGCCGGCUCAGAGCGGGCCAAGAAGACCAAGAACCGGGGCAAGCGACUCCAGGAGGGGGCACACAUCAACCGCAGUCUCCUGGCGCUGGGCAACUGCAUCAACGCGUUGUCUGGCGGUGCUCGCUAUGUCAACUACCGCGACUCCAAGCUCACACGCCUGCUGAAGGAGGCGCUGAGCGGCCGCUGCAAGACGGUCAUGAUCGCCCACGUGGCGCCCGAGAGCAAGCACCGCGACGAGACGAAGAACACCCUCGUGUACGCGGAUCGCGCCAACAGCAUCACCACCAAGCUGCAGAACUCUGUGUACAUUGACGAGUUCAAGGACUUCCCCACCAAGCACUAUCAGAGCCUGGUCUCAGAGCUCAGAGACGAAGUCUCCCGCCUGCGCACCAAAAUGCUGACCGAUCGGCCACGCAGCGGCAAAGCAGCAGCAGCAGCAGCAGCGAUGACAACAGCAACAACGACGACGAUGGCUACGGCGACGACAGCCAGCAUUCAGCAGCCACCAGUCGAGGUGGAGGAGGCAGAUGAUCAACGGAAGACGGAGCUGCGGUACUUGCGGGAGCAGAUCGUGCUCACCUUUAAGCAGCAGAUGAAGCUGCGCCGCAAGCUGCUCGAGGCCGAGAGCCAUCUGCUGGGCCUCGAACUGGACGCCGAGCGGCAGCACAUGAUCAUCUCCCACUGGCAGGGACGCAUUGGCAAGCUCUACGAUGCCAUGGGCGAGGAUGAUGUCGAGUCGGAGGGAUCGGUGGCAUUGAAGAAUGCCUGGGGCGAGCUGGCGGCCAUUGAGAAGGAGAACAGACGCUACAAGGAGAUACGCGAGCGCACCGAGCAGGAGCUGGAGCAGUGUCGCCAAAAGGGCGUCAAGCUGGAGGAUGAACUGCCAGAGCGCAUCAGCAGCGACGAGGAGCGAGAACUGCUGGCCCUGCUCUGUCGCGUCCACGAGCUGGAGGCGGACAAGGUGUCCCUGCAGGCGGAGCGACUGGCCCGCCAGGCGGAGCUGCGACGACGUGACCUCCAGCUGCUCCGCGCCGAGCGGCAGCGUCGUCUGUGCGAGGACAUUAUCAGUUCGCAGCGCCGGCUCAUCGAGGAGGGCAACGUGGAUCUGCCGGACGAACUGCGAGAGCUCUACGGGCUCUAUCAGCAGGAGAUCCAUGCGGGCGUCGUCACGCCCAGCACUAGCAGCUACGAGAAGAAGCUGCCGCCCAUCUACACAGCGGGUUCCGAUUCACCAGGCUCCAGCUCCAGCUCGGAAUGGUCUCCGGCAUCUCCUUUGCCGCCCAUCGAGAUCCAUGCGGAUCCUGUGGACCGCGUGAUGGGUCCGCCCGUGAAUCCACGCCUGCCCCGACUCUCCACUGGAACCGCCGGCGGUCCACGACGUUCAUCUCUGCGAAUGGCCAGGAAUACGCAUUCACGGCCACAUCCGUAGGCAUGGGUCCAGCGAACUGGAGAUGCUCAGGAAUAGUUGUUACUAAGGGUUUAGGAUUACACGCGGCGGGUCUCCCUGCAGACGAUUUGCUCAAUAGCUCUACCUAAUUAUUGUAUU